AUGUCUGCGCGGCUUCCGGAUCGACAUGGCUCUAAGCGCAGCCGGUCGCGAUCCCCAUCAUCGUGGCGUCAGCCCCAGAAACAUGCCCGCCGUCAGGACGAGAAUGAAUGGCGCGACCGACAGGAUCCGGCUCGGCGGUGGGGUGACGGGAGCUCGCGCCCUUCGCAGCAACCGCGCAAUAUGCGAGAUCAAGUGCGACUCAACCAGCUUCAGGAGGAUGAGCAGGUGCGCGAGUGGGUCGCGCAGGAGGACGUCUUCGUGCUGAAGCAGGCCAAGAAGAAGGCCGAGAUCCGCGUCAAGGAAGGGCGCGCAAAGCCAAUCGACUGGCUGACAGUCACGCUUCGUGUCAUUGAUCCGACGCGCAAUCCCUGGAUGACGAAAUUGCCGACUCGGAGCUGGAUGUGGUCGACCCAGACGGGCCUGUCGCAGUCCCAGCUACAGGAUCUCGAGAAGGAUAUCGAUACGUUUGUGAAUUUGGAGACGAACGCACAGAACAGAGAUUUCUGGCAGACCAUGAGGAUUAUCUGCCGAGAUCGCCAAAAGACCACUGCCCCCGAAGGACGUGUCCUCAGCUCCGUGGCCGCCGACAUCAACCGGCUCUUACGCCCGAAGUCCUACGAACAGCUUCAAACGCUCGAGGGACAAGUGAGGAGGAAAUUAAACUCGAACGAACCAAUCGACACAGACUACUGGGAAGAAUUAUUGCGCAGCUUGACGGUUUGGAAGGCCCGAGCCAGGCUGAGAAAUGUCUACCAAGCCGUCAUCGACGAACGCGUCCGCGAUUUAAGAAACCAGCAGAGGGCCGAGGCAGAGUCGGUCCGCGAGAAACUGGCACCGCUUGCGCCGGUCAUUGCCGCGGGUGAGCAACAGGUCUCCGCCGACUCUGCAGAAUUCCAGGGCUUAGACCCCGAUCCACUACUCCAAAUCCGACCAGAGGACAAGGUCUUGGAGAUCAUGGACGAAUCCGCGUUCCUGGGUCAAGUGGCUCGUGAGCGCCAAAAGAUUCUUCGCAUGGGGUUUGUGCCACUGCGACAGCGAACGGCUGAAAGGUCUACCGCCGCCGUUGCGAACCCGGUUUCGACUACAACAACCGCAUCGGCGAUACCCACUCGAUUCUCUGCGGUUCCAAACGAUGACUUCUCUCAGGCGACUAAAGCGCUUUACGAGCGGGAGCUCGCCAAGGGCGUCAGCGAGAACGAGGAGAUUUUCACGGGCGAGGAGGCCGUGAACACAAGCUCGCGACCGCAGUGGGCCGGGAAGCACCGGCCUCGCAAGCCACGGUAUUUCAACCGAGUGCAGAUGGGCUACGAGUGGAACAAAUACAACCAAACCCACUACGACCAUGACAACCCGCCUCCCAAGGUCGUGCAGGGGUACAAGUUCAACAUCUUCUAUCCGGACUUGAUCGACAAGACCAAGGCCCCGACGUAUCGCAUCGAGCGUGAACAUGGUCGCAAGCGCGGGCAGUCGUUCGCGGCCGCCGGCGAGGAGGAUACUUGUCUGAUUCGGUUCAUGGCAGGGCCACCGUACGAAGAUAUUGCGUUUCGGAUCGUCGACAAAGAAUGGGAUUAUAGUGCCAAACGAGAGCGGGGAUUUAAGAGCACAUUUGACAAGGGCAUUCUCCAACUACAUUUCCAGUUCAAACGAAUAUAUUACCGAAAGUAA